AUGAGGGAAUGUGUCUUCCCGGAGAAACGCGCCUGGGAAAGGUCCCGAAAACGUGGUCGUUCAAUCGAAGAAGGCGAUGAACAAAUAUCCCCGGGGUCAGAGUCGAUUGUAUCGCAUGCGACGCCUGAAGCAUCGAAAAAAAGGGUUGUCCAGCCCGACCAGUCACCUUCACAAUUUCCCGGUUCCAGUCCCUUUCAGUCUGGAUGGCCUCUCAGCGGACAUUCCCCUUCCCUACAACAUGAUCAUGGCACUCAUAUCGGCCCAAGAGCCAGCGCGGAGCCAUAUAAUCACCGCAAUCAUAUAUCACCUCAAGAUCAGCAGGAGCAUCGACAUCAUUCAAAUUCAAGCUUGGUCAACUCCAUGAUGCGGACAGUGGUUGCCAGUGGAAACGAUGCCCUUAAUAUUCUAUUCGAAGCAGCCACGGCUCAAAAUCAAGAAGAAGAUAUGCAGCACGAAUCUAGUCCCUCCGUGGGCCCGGGAUUGAAUAAUGGCAGUUUCAGUCAUAACGAGCGUGGCGCUCGGAAUUAUGCAAGCCCCAUGCCUUUUGAACCUAUUCCAAGAACUAAACGACCUGAAAUGUUAGUGGAGGCAAAGCAGAGAACGCUGGGAGUUUGGGAAGCUUGUCGAUUUGUCAAGAUGGGUUGGUUCACUGCUCGAGAAGCCGUCACACUCAUUGAUCUCUUCUUCAAAAACAUGUCCUGUCUAUCUCCUAUCCUAACCGACUUCUACUCCAAUCACCAAAACCAUUUCCUCCUCAUCACCCGAGAGCCGGUAUUAUGCUCUACUAUUCUCAUGAUCUCUUCUCGGUAUCACAUUUUGCCAGGCGCCGGUGGCGAGUCGAGAAAUUUCUUUAUCCACCACCGUCUAUGGCAACAUUGCCAGCAAUUAACCAUGCGAUUAAUAUUUGGCCAGGAAAAGUCGACAAAGUCCAAGGUUCGAAGUCUCGGUACAGUUGAGGCAUUACUCUUGAUGGCCGAGUGGCACCCUCGCUCGCUGCAUUUCCCCCCUGAAACAGACGGUUGGGACGAUGACUUGAUCUCCUCGGAGCCCAAACAAACCGACAAUACUGACCCUCACGGUUCAUCUGCCAAUAGGUGGCUAGACGAUAUGAUUGAACCUUCAAGAAGGUCCGACCAAAUGUCGUGGAUGCUACUAGGGUGCGCACUCUCUCUUUCUCAUGAGCUGGGCAUUUUCGAAACGGAGGAGAGUGACUGCACAGAUGAUGAUGCACAGUGGAGAGAACAGAUUGCACUGAGGCGGCAGCGGGUCCAACGGCUGCUCUAUGUGUAUAUAAACCAACUUGCAUGGCGCAUUGGCUGCAUGUCACCGAUUCCUCAGUCUUUAAAUCAUGCAGUCCUAGGUGGACGAAAGCCUCGGGGAUUAAGUCAGCCAGGUAGUACCUGGCUGAUAUUCAUGGAUUCGUGGAUUGAGCUAACAAAACUAGCGCAAUCAGUAACCGACAUGUUCUUUCCAUCUGCUAAAUUUGCGCGCCAGCAGCUACACAGCGGCCGUUAUGUUGGACUACUCGACCAUUUUCGGCCCCUGCUUAAUCAAUGGAAAGACAAAUACCUGCAACCCCAUGUUCUCGAUAAAUCCUUCUACAAUGAUCUAUUCAUCGAGUAUCACUUCGUCCGCGUGUACACUCAUUCGGUCGGGAUGCAAGCCGUUGUAGAACGUGCUAUAGCAGAUUCCGACCCCAAUUUUGAAGAUAUGCGUCCAACGACAAUCGACUCGACCGAUUAUGAAUAUAUUCAAGAAGUUAUUGAUGGUUGUUGUCAGAUCUUGCGAAAGGUCACUCAACUUGCAGAAACGGGUGCACUUCGGUAUUCUCCAGUUCGAAUCGUUCUGCGCAUCACUAGCGCUUCCAUAUUCUUAAUGAAGGCCCUCAGUCUAGGUACCCGAGAAGCGACCUUACGAGAAUCACUUGAAGUUUUAGAGAAAAGCAUCAACGCAUUAAAAUCGAACGCGCUGGAUGAUGUUCACCUGAGUACUCGCUACGCAACUCUUUUGGAUGUGCAUGUCUCUCGCCUGCGACGUAAUCUGCUAGCAUCCUCUAAAGCUAUUAAGAAUAGCCGAGGCGCUACACGUCGCUCAUCAAUGGGACCUCCUGCAUGGCCUGAUAUGGGUGAUCGCACCAAUGAAACGGGCACUCCAAUUACUCAAGACCUGCCCCCGGAUAUGGGUCUGAUGCCAUCAUUUAACGAUAUUGGAGACGAUUGGCUCUCGUUGCCUUUUGAUCCAUCAAUGGCACCUUUCGGCAUAAGCAAUAGUGGCCAAUUCCCAAUGUGUGAAGGUGGUGCUUUAGAUUUCAUUUGGAAUCUACCCUCUUGA